AUGGGAUAUGGGGUGGAAAUAUGGGGAUGGGAAGAAAAGGAGGGGAUGGAGAGACUGGAAGAAAGAUACUUGAGAUGGGUGUUGGGAGUAGACAGGAGGACGCCGGGGUACCUGGUGAGGGAGGAGCUACAGAGAGAAAAACUGAGAGGCAGGGCAGGCAGGAGGGUGUGGAAGUUUGGAAGAAGGCUGGAGGAGGGUGGAGGAAGUGAGCUGGCGAGACGGUGCUGGGAGGAAGUGAAGGAGAAAUCAAGGAGAAGAGGGAGGCUCUCGGAUUGGGAAGAAGGCAGGAAGAAGUAUCUGAGCGACAGAGGCUUGUGGGAGGAGGGAGAGGGGGAGAAAAAAGGUGAACAAGAGGCAAGAUUGGAGGAGAUGGUGAAGUGGGAAAGAGAGGUACAAAGAGCGGAGAGAUGGGAGAGAAUAAAGGAGUCCAGAUACAGUAAAUGGUACAAGAAAGUGAAAAAGGAAGGGAUACCGGAGUAUUUAAAGAAAGGGUGGGGGGAAAGCAGGUGA